CUUUAGAAUUUGUUUAGUCAAAUUUUUAUCCUAAACAAAAUGAUUCUCAAUUUCUUUAAAUAGAUCUCUCUUUUUCUUCACUUUGAGAUAGGAUUUCAUCUGUAUUUUGUUCUAACUGAUUAAUGACCUCGGUGACUCUGAAGAAUUCUAACUCUUAUUCAAGAAGCUUAUUGACUUAAGUGCUGAGUUUUCCAGACAUAUAGACUAAUUGAUUGUUUCACUCUUGUAAUAUCUUGUCAAUAUUGCUCUGAGCCAUUGUAUGUUCAAUUACACAGGAUAUAGAUUACAAUUUUAAUAAAGUUAUUGGUUCCACAAUAGUUUACUAUUUAUCUCUUAUUUAGAUGCUUCAUUCAAAGAACGGGUGGUUAUUUUUGGAUCUGUUUUGAGUUUGUCUUUGCCAUAUCAUUCUCUUUACUAUUUUAAUCUUUCUCAGCAAACAUAUUAGUAUUUUCUUCUUUUCUUCUGUAAAACAUGAAAUGAGCUUGGUCGUAUCUUUGUUUCCAAAUGAGUUGCUUGAAUUUUUAACUUGCUUACUUGGGCAAAUACAUCUUUUUCUUGUUAGCUUUUUAUUAAUUGUGAAGUCUAAAUACUUUUUUCCUGAUUAUCCAGCUCUUCGCUUUCUUCUUGUUAUCUGUGUGAGUACUAAAUAAAUUUAAACCUUUUUCAGCUUCAUUAAAGACUAAUGAGAUAUAUUACUAGUUUUAAUAAAUGGAUUUCUUGACAU